AUGGCGAAUACGCUCUGCUGUCGAGGUCCUCUUUUAAGGAGUCUCUCGGGGCUCCAACUGGGUAAUCAGUUGCGAUGGGAGACAACGGUGACUAACAUUCUCAACCGCAGAUUACCCUCUCGGACCGCACUAAAUGCUGCUGCAUCGCCGCGCUCUAAUCGAUCCUUAAAGUCACAUACCACGCGUUGCGAGGCUGCAGAGAGUUUCGACGGCUCCAAAUCGGAAGCGGGAGCCAAUCCACGGCUCUCCGUGUUCGGAUCACCCCGUCCUUCCAUUCUACAAAAUUCUUCUGCUCACACCCCUCGGCACAUCGCGAGGGCGCGCAGGGGGUUCCUUUCCGAGCUGCAAUCAAUCAAAGACGAGGAAAACGUCGCGGGCCCCAUUACUUUUGAGUCACCGCUGGACAUAGUGCUGUACCCGGACCCGCGCUUGAGGGCGCCCAACAAGCGCGUGAACGUCUUUGAUGAGUCGCUGCAGAAGCUUGUAGCGGAGAUGUUUGAUGUCAUGUACAGGACGGAGGGAGUGGGGCUGUCAGCGCCACAGGUGGGGGUGAACGCGAGGCUGAUGGUGUACAACCCGGUGGGUGAGAGGGGCAAGGGCGUGGAGAUGGUGCUGGUGAAUCCACGCAUUGUCAAGUACGCCAAGGCACGGGACGUCAUCGAGGAGGGGUGCCUCUCCUUCCCUAAGAUCUAUGCUGAUGUCGAGCGGCCACUGGGUGUGAAGGUGGAUGCUCAGGAUAUCAACGGUCGGAAAUUCAGCAUCAGUCUGAAAGAAUGGCAAGCACGCAUCUUCCAACAUGAGUACGACCACCUGGAGGGGACCCUUUACUUUGAUCGAAUGACCCCAGAAGUUCUCGACACUAUUCGCAGCAAGCUCAUUGAGCUGGAAGACAAAUAUGCCGAAGCCACUGGUGCUCCUCCGCCCGAGUCUGUUGCAAAAAGACCAGUUGCUGACAAGGCUGCAGAGGCUGUUUCUUCAUGA